CGACAGCGCGCGGUCAUGUGAUCGAGUGAACGAGCAGUGAUCAGCUGCUCGUGAUCACGUGACUCGAUUUCUCAGCUGAACAGAAACAAGCAGCAGCAGCGGUAGCAUGACAUCUUCACAGCAGAAAGCAGUGUAUUGGCUGGGAAACGAUACUCUGAGGGUAUCGGCCGCCCUGUUUGCAGAAAACCGAGAGCGUUUGUGUCGAGGCCUGAAAGCUGAGAAGGAUUUUAAACCUGGAUCUGUGGUGGUUCUUCAGGGAGGAGAACAGAAGCAGAGAUACUGCACUGACACCGACAUGCUCUUCAGACAGGAGUCGUUUUUCCACUGGACCUUCGGUGUGACCGAGGCCGACUGCUACGGCGCCAUCGACGUCAACUCCAAGAAAUCCUUCUUGUUUGUUCCCAAGCUGCCGGAGAGCUACGCCACAUGGAUGGGCGAGAUCUACCCACGUGAACACUUCAAGGAGAAAUACGCUGUCGAUGAGGUGCAUUACACCACUGACAUUGUCGCCGUGCUGACCAAAAUGAAGCCCAGUGUCCUGCUCACACUGAGGGGAGUGAACACCGAUAGCGGCAGCACCUGUCGUGAAGCGUCCUUUGAAGGCAUCAGCCAGUUUCAGGUGAAUAAUUCCCUGCUGCACCCGGUGAUUGUGGAGUGUCGUUUACUGAAGACUGACAUGGAGCUGGAAGUUCUGCGCUACACCAACCGCAUUUCCAGUGAAGCCCACAAAGAGGUGAUGAAACGUGUGAAGCCGGGCCUGAAAGAGUACGAGAUGGAGAGUCUGUUCCAGCAUUACUGUUAUGCUCGCGGAGGGAUGCGUCACACCUCAUACACCUGCAUCUGUGGAAGUGGGAAUAACUCAUCUGUCCUGCAUUAUGGACACGCUGGGGCUCCCAAUGACAAAACCAUCCAGGAUGGAGACAUGUGUCUGUUUGAUAUGGGCGGUGAGUAUUACUGCUACUCCUCCGACAUCACCUUCUUUCCCGCCAACGGCAAGUUCACCGCCGACCAGAAAGCCAUUUAUGAAGCCGUGCUGAAGUCCUCCAGAGCCGUGAUGGCCGCCAUCAAACCAGGUGUGAAGUGGACAGACAUGCAUCGUCUGGCUGACCGGGUUCACCUGGAGGAGCUGGUGAAGAUCGGGAUCCUGCGUGGGAACGUGGAAGAGAUGCUGAAGGUUCAUCUGGGCGCCGUGUUUAUGCCGCACGGUCUGGGUCACCUGCUGGGCAUCGACGUCCAUGAUGUGGGAGGAUAUCCAGAGGGCACCGAGCGCGUUGACGAGCCGGGGCUGAAGAGUCUGCGGAUGGGCCGUGUGGUGCAGGAGCGCAUGGUCCUCACGGUGGAGCCGGGAGUCUAUUUCAUCAACCACCUGCUGGAUGAAGCGCUGAACUCACAGAAGCAGUGCGGCUUCAUCAACAACGAUGUCCUGGCGCGCUUCCGCGGCUUCGGCGGGGUGCGUAUUGAGGAUGAUAUCGCUGUGACGGCUGACGGCGUGGAGCUGCUGACCUGCGUUCCUCGAACCGUGGAGGAAAUCGAGGCCUUCAUGGCGGAUGAAACAUCCAAACCCUUCAGUCCCAUCAGCAGCCAGAAACUGAAGAGAUGAUGAUGAUGAUGAUGAUGAUGAUGAUAAAGACAAAGACAACACUUCCUCUCUUCAACAGAGUAUCUCUGAUAUUUCACACUAUAAAGGGAAAUCAGUCAAAUGUCAGCUCGUUUGAUUACCCUGAGGAAAAUCAGUAUUAUAAAUUAAUUACAGGAUCAUUUAUGCUUUCAUGUAGCAGCCGUGGAACAAUUUUGUUUGAUAUUCUUGAUAUUCUUAAUAAAGCAGCUCUGAACUUUGUUUAGCCUGAAUUAAAAGAACUUUAUUCAUUUGUAUAAUCUUCUGUAUACUUUGUGCAAGUUUGUAAGGCAAAGCAAUGCUUAUUUUUAAUAAAGCUCUGAUUUUUCUAGCAUCA